UCAAUAGGAUUUGUCCGUUCGUUAUUUAAUUUCAUCCUAAUCCAUUAAGUAUUAUAUCCAACGACACCGUGCACCCCAUGUCCGGCUCUCAUUGGCCACGGUCAGCUGAGCGCGAUAACCCUCACCGCAAAUAAGAAUUGUCAGAAACGUGAAGAGAUCUGCAGACUAUUGCAUGCCAAUUCAAUCACUUCCAAUCAAUUUAAAACAACGUGUCACCUCCAGAAAGAUCAGCCGGACCUGCAUGCCUUUUCUACCAAUCUCCUUAUCGCAGCUCUUCACGGGGACCUCCGAAAUGUAACACCGCAUAUCGAUAGUAUCACAGAUCAAUCGGUCAGAUGCUGGAAAACGGCAAUGCCGAGCGAUGGAGAGCAUUCGUGAGGAUUAUUUAAACCCGUUAUAAUCCCCCAGACAGAAGGCGGAAUGUUCAUCGUUAUUGAAAGCCAUUGCCGUUAAUCCUCCCGUUCACACGAAAUCUUGGAACCACGCAGAUCGCGCCCCGUUGAUCAAGAUGAUGUACAGCAAGCUCCUCACCCUCGCCACCCUCCUCCUCCCCACCGCCCUCGCCCUCCCUUCUCUACAAACCCGCGCCUCCUACACCUGCGGCAGCAACACCUACGCCUCGUCCGACGUCACCGCCGCCCAAGAGGCCGGCUACAAGCUGCACCAAAGCGGCGAGACCGUCGGCAAGAACAAGUACCCCCACAAGUACAAUAACUACGAGGGCUUCGACUUCCCCGUAGACCCGACUUACUAUGAGUGGCCAAUCCUGAGCUCCGGAAAUGUCUACAGCGGCGGUUCUCCGGGCGCGGACCGCGUCGUGUUCAAUGAGAAGGAUGAGUUGGCGGGCUUGAUUACCCAUUCUGGAGCUAGUGGAAAUAACUUUGUUGCUUGUACUUAAAUUUGAUAUGUG